UCCAUUGUAUUCCUCCUCCCAGGUAAAAGAUGCGAUCCAGGAACUGCACCGUGGAGGGUCCAGAUGACGGACACAUCCAGCCCACUAAAGCUUUCAUAAAGCAGGAAGACGAGAACACGCCGGAGCUCUCCAAGAGGAAGAUGAAAGUGCAGCGAGAGGAGAAGGACGGGAGGACGGCGGUGUCUGGAACCACAAAGAAACCUCAGAAACCUUCAGCAGGAAGCAGGAAGGCAGGUCUGCCGGAUCUGUCGAAGAAAGACAUGCUUCAACUGCUGGGAGUCAUGGAAGGAGAAAUUCAGGCCAGAGAGGACAUCAUAGGCCUGCUGAAGUCGGACAGAACCAGACCAGAGACUCUGGAGGCUCACUAUGGCUCAGCUGUGCCCAGCAGACCCCUGCAGGCCCUGCAGAGAGACGCUCUGCUCACCCGCAGCAGCAACAGCACCGAGGACGUGUACGAGAAACCAAUGGCCGAGUUGGACCGGCUGGAGGACAAACAGAAGGAGACGUACAGACGGAUGCUGGAGCAGCUGCUGCUGGCGGAGAAAUGUCACCGACGCACCGUCAUGGAGCUCGACAACGAGAAACACAAACACACCGACUUCAUGAACAAGAGCGACGAGUUCACCAACCUGCUGGAGCAGGAGAGAGAGAGACUCAAAAGGUUGUUGGAGCAGGAAAAGGCCUACCAGGCUCGUAAGGACAAGGACCACAGCAGGAGGCUGGAGAAGGUCAGAGCGGAGCUGGUUAGGCUCAAGUCCUUUGCCCUGAUGUUGGUAGACGAGCGGCAGCUGCACAUCGAGCAGAUCGACCAACAGAGCCAGAAGGUCCAGGACCUGACUCAGAAGCUGCAGGAGAAAGAGCAACGCUUGGCGGCGGUCACUGACACCGUUAAGGAGGACGACCAGAAAGUCCUCAAGCUAGAGGCUGAGCUGGAGCAUAGAGCAGCCAAGUUUGCACAGGAACACGAGGAGAUGACCACCAAACUGGCCAACGAGGAGUCCCAAAGCCGCCAGCUUAGACUGAAGCUGGCUGGAUUGGCGCACAAGAUUGAAGAGCUGGAGGAGAGCAACAAGAUGCUGCAUAAAUCAGAGGAGGACCUGCAGGAGCUGAGAGAGAAGAUCAGCAAAGGGGAGUGCGGGAAUUCGUCUCUCAUGACUGAGCUGGAGAAUCUGCGGAAGAGAGUGCUGGAAAUGGAGGGCAAGGAUGAGGAGAUCAUCAAAACAGAGACUCAGUGCCGGGAGCUGAGGAAAAAGCUCCAGAAUGAGGAGAACCACAGCAAGGAGCUGCGGUUGGAGGUGGACAAACUGCAGAAGAGAAUGGUUGAGCUGGAAAAACUGGAGGGUGCUUUUAAUAGGAGCAAAACCGAGUGUUCUCAGCUUCAUACAAACCUCGAAAAAGAGAAACGUGUCGUGAAAGAUCUGGCUGGUGAGCUGGAGACAGUGAAAACCCGGUUGAAAGAACUAGAGAGCUCAGAGUCAAAGUUUGAAAAGGCAGAAAUGGUCCUCAAAGAUGAUCUUAUGAAGUUGAAGUCCUUUACGGUUAUACUGGUAGAUGAGAGGAAAAAUAUGGCGGAGAGACUUAAACAGGAGGAACAGAAAAGUGAUGACUUAAGUAACAUGUUCAAAGCAGAGCAGGGCAAGGUUACGGAAGUCACAGAGAAGCUGAUUGAGGAGAGCAAAAAACUUCUCAAAUACAAAUCCGAAAUGGAGGUCAAAGUGACGACUCUCGUCAAAGAGAAAGAUGAGUUAAAAACUAAACUUGCAAGUGAAGAGGAAAAUUGUAGGGAGCUGAAUACCAAGAUAAGUGGUAUGAAAAUAAGAAUGGACAGACUUGAUGAGUCAGAGAAGGAAAUGCACAGAAGGUGGGCCAACAGGGACAAUCACAGAAAUCCAGACGAUGACAACAAAGUAAAAGAGCUCACGCUGGAAAUUGAAAGACUUAAAAGCAGACUCAAACAACUUGAGGUGGUAGAAGGAGAUUUGAUGAAAACAGAGGAUGAGUAUGAUCUACUGGAGAAAAAAUACAGAACGGAGCAGGACAAAGCGAAUGCCCUUUCCAAGCUGCUGGAGGAAAUGAAAAGCCAGAUCGCAAGAAACAAAGCGAUAGAGAAAGGCGAGGUCAUGAGUCCAGAGGCGGAGCUCAGAGUCCGCUGCAAGAUGGAGGAGGCUAAAACCAGAGAGCUGCAGGUGGACGUCCAGGCCCUGAAAGAGAAAAUCCAUGAACUGAUGAACAAGGAGGACCAACUCUCCCAGCUGCAGGUGGAUUAUUCUGUCCUCCAGCAGAGGUUAAUGGAAGAGGAGGAGAAGAAGAAGAGCAUGAGCCAUGAAGUCUCCAACCUCACCAAGGAGCUGGAAGCCACCAAGCGCUACAGUCGUGCCUUGAGGCCGAGUAUGAACGGUAGGAGGAUGGCCAAUGUCGCGGUUACCUCCACUGCAGUGCAGACAGAUGUGAUGGCCAGUGAGCCUGCUGAGGAUGAGACUGCGGCCGGGUUCAUCCGGAAAUCAGUUCUUGAGGAAAACCACUUAAUGAGCAACCUCAGACAACGGGGUCUUAAAAAGCCAACAGUUCUUGAACGAUACCCUCCGGCAUCAGCAGAACUCGGGGCAGGAAAAUCCUGGAUACCCUGGAUGAAAAAGAAGGAGGCCAUCACUCUUACUCAGACCACUCCCGAGAAGACCAACGGGGCGUCCUUGCUCCAUCCGCCUGACAUGACCAUGUCCCAAAAGCCAGGACAGCCACUGCGCAUCCGAGUGACCCCAGAUCACGAGAACAGCACUGCCACCUUGGAGAUCACCAGCCCUCGAGCUGAGGAUUUCUUCUCCAGCACCACCAUCAUCCCGACUCUCGGCCUUCAGAAACCUCGCAUCACAAUCUUGCCCAAGCCCACAACAGUGACCUCAAAGAGCAAUACCCAUGAACCGAUGGGAGGUCUUGAUCGCGCCAAAUCUCCGGUCACGAUAACCACCAUCUCCAGAGCCAAGAGUCCAGACAAGGCCAACGGCUCCAACAACCUUCAGUCGCCAGUGUCCAUCAUCACAGUCAGUACCACUCCUGUGGCUGAAGCAUGUGCGUCACCUGAACCUCACAACGUCACCACGGGCCGCACAGUGAUCAAGGUGACCCCAGAGAAGCAACCUGUGCCAGCUCCUUACAGGAAAUUUAACGGCAAAAGCAACAUAAUCACAACAGAGGACAACAAGAUCCACAUCCACUUGGGUCCACAGUUCAAGAGGCCCUCCGAGGGCUGUGGUAGUUCAGUGGUGACCCUUGGUCUGAGCUCAGAAAGCAGCAAGGAAAUGCAAACAGGAACGGUGCUCCGCUCCCCACGCCAAUCUUCAGUGGGGAAGACAACUCCGAGCAAAAUGACAAGCAGCAUAACAAUCACACCCAUCACCUCGGCAUCCUCCAGGCCGACACAGUCAGUGUUGCUUCUGAAAUGUUUCAAAAUGAAAUCAGGUGGUGUGUGCUGCCUAGAUAGCACUCUCUCCAGCCCAGUUCGGAUGUGCAGUCAGCUCGCAGCGCGGCCACACGGAUCCCUGUGUCAAAAGGUCUGGUGAUGGAGGUUGCCUCAGCAAACACUCGACUCUGAGCGGAGGUCUGAAGGUUUCUGAAGACAGACGGAAGCUCCAGGACAAACAGAGACCCACCGGUUAUAGUUCCUCUUAUAUGUUGUUCACGUGAUGCAAACAAAGCUGCAGUUUGAAAAGAAGAGAUUCAUACAGAUAAAAUGCAGUCUGGAAUUUGCAUAGGAACAUGGUGUCCUUUAGGGUCGUCCCAGUGGAGAAAACCACAUCAGCCCACACACAAUAAAAAAGGGUUUGGAGCUGUUGCACCAUAAAUACGUCACAACUCUUUGUGCUGUGCUGCAGUUUAUUAUAUAUUUUAUAUACACAGCCUGAGUCAGCCACUGAGGGCUUCUGGGAGUCUGAGUCUGAGGCUGGGGUUAGUUGAGGCAGUGAACUUUACCUUCUGUUUUACUAAACAGCACUGUGGUUAGUUAGCGUAAUAGAGGAGUAUGUAGAGGAGAGGAUUGUUUAAAGGAAAGUCGCACUGCAAGAUACCAGAAUCAAUGAAUUAAUUUGUCCUACAAGUAAUAAAUAAUAAGUCAUAACUAUAUUUAAUCUGUUCUUUAAAGUAAUAAUCUGACUUGGUUCCCUUUAACCUGGCAGUGAGAACAUAUAAUAAUAAUAAUAAUAAUUAAUAUGAUCUUCUGGUGUGGAAGCAUUACACUCUGAAUCUGUGUGUGUUUAGAUUCAGUUGAGACAGUUUGUCACAAGGUGGAAAUUUUGUUUUACGCUGGAUUCAAAAUCUUCUUUUGAAAGUUGCUGAAGUGUCUGGAAAGUAGCACGGUUGAAUCGUUGAGUGAGUGUUGGUUUAAAGUUUAUCUGAUGGUAUAAACGUAAGAAUACAUUAACGUUUCUGUUUGGUUUUCUUUAGAAAAUCCCACAAUUAAAAAAACACUUAUAGGUGGUUUUAAAUACACAGGACACACGUUGUUUUACGUCUGUGUGAUUAUUUUCUGACUAUAGGGACACUUUAAUCACUCAGACAUGAUAAUAAUAUAAUACACAAUGAAUCCAGAAUAACUGCUGACGUACUUUGAACUGUCCAACAGUGGAUUUAUGUGAU